AUGGCAUUUUUAAAACAUUCGUUGAGCCAUCGUGGUAAUGAUGAGGACAAUUUUUCUGAAAAAAGGCAAAACUUAAGAUAUUUUGAUAUUGGUGAAUUACCAAAUCAUUUACUAUUACCAAUAGAUGGUUAUCAACAUCGUGAACUUAUUUCAAUACGAAGAGCCCUGCAAUCGGUUGAAAAUCUACCCGAUAAUAUUGAUUAUAAAAUUAAAAUAGCUUUUGAUAAUUCUCUUCAUGCAGUUGAUGACCUUACACAAAACGAAUCGGCUGCUAUUCAAAUCUACACCAUGGAAUGGUGGCCACAUCACACAUGUGUUUAUUAUGUACUUAAUUAUUUGUUGCGUCUAAAAAAUCGUAAUCUCUUAAAACCAUGGUUCAAUUAUUUAAAAUUGAUAAUAACUGGACUAUACAAAUUAAAAUCAUUUAAAGGUAUUGUUUGGCGUGGUGUAAAACUUGAUUUAAGUCGAGAAUAUCCAAAAGAUAAAAUAUUUGUUUGGUGGGGUUUUAGUUCGUGUACAGAGUCAUUGAAUGUGUUAGAAACAGAACAGUUUCUCGGUAAGAGCGGUCCACGAACCUUAUUUAGUAUUGAAUGUAAAAGCGGAAAAGACAUUCAACAACAUUCAUAUCUAAGACGAGAAAGAGAAAUCUUAUUAUUACCUGGAAGAAAAUUUAAAGUGAAAGGAGCUAUAGAAAUUGCUCCUGGUGCACAUAUUAUACAGUUAAAAGAAAUUGUACCAAAAGUUCCGUUAUUAGCCGAUCCUUCUGAGUCACUUACCUCUGCUUUCUGUCAACUACCAGGAAAUGAUAGCGAUAGUGAUGAUGAUAAUAAUGAUGAUUAUGAUAUAGAUCGAGAGGAAAAUGCUGUUGAAGGUCUAAUUACAAAUCGUCGCGGAAAGGACGUGGUUGAAAUCUAUAAUCAACAACUAACUAAUCAAGAUAUGGAAUUGUUAGCUAAUGAGCUAACAUCAAAUGAAAGAUGGUCUACACUUGAUAUGGCAUCCAACAGCAUAACUGAUAAUGGUAUUGAAUAUCUUUGUGAAGGACUAAGUAAAAACUCUACACUAUCCGCAUUAUAUAUUGAUGAUAGUCGAAUUUCACAUCCUAACAUAAAAUCAAUUGCACAAACUUUAAACAAACAAAGAACAUUAAAAGAGUUAAGUUUAUCAAAGAAUGAUAUAACAGAUCGCAGUUGCGAAGCGUUAAGCGAUAUGUUAAGAAUGAAUAAAAUAUUAGAAAGGCUGCUACUGAGUAAAAAUAAUAUAACAGAUAAAGGUGUUCAACAUAUUCUACAUGCAUUAACAAAUGUAAAUCGAACUUUGAACGAAUUAAAUCUUUGUGCAAAUCACCUGACUGAUAAAUGUAUUGAUGAUAUUGAAGAAAUGAUAGAAGCAAAUCGGACAUUAACAUAUUUAAACUUACAAGAUAAUCAAAUAAGUAAAGGUGGUAAACAACGUAUUGAAAAGAUUGCGCAGAUAAACGAAAAUUUGAUUCUUGAACUUUGA